CGUCGCGAACUUUGGUCGGCCGGCACUUUCUCGCGAGCUUGCAACAUCCUUGGCUGGCCGAGCACUGCGAGAACAUCCUUGUAUAAUUUCACACGAAUGUUUGCUGCACCAACUGCGUCGGAAAACCACGAAAAAUCUAGAUAACGUCAAAACAGCGAACCGCAGGAUUUCCGGAUACUGACUUGUUCGGCGCGGCCGUGAGCCCGUCCGCUUGUCGUUCGAAAAGCAAGUCUAACUUUGAUUAAAGCCGACUUGACCAAUUGAAAUUCUCAAGCAGAUGAAGCAUUGCCAAAGUUCCACAAGUAGUUCACGGUGGCAAAUGUUGCCAAGCUCGACAAAUGUCACGCAGCGCGGAAUGUUGUGUUGCGGAACUCGGGCGAAUGCACACAUACCCGCACUGAGAAUGAUUAAGCGCUUUGCGAUUGUAUUUGUGCGUUAGGGGAUACACCGGCGCGGCUAUACUCGAUGGAUGUUCUUGAAGCUAUCCCUCAGUCACUCGUCACCUUUCACUUCCGCAGCUCAAGCUGCCAGCUGCCUCGGGAAAAAAUCGUUCCUUCUCUUCUUUUUUCUUUUUCAAUUAUGAAUCUUGGUUUCCAUGCCGCUGAGUUUUCCAGUGGGAACAGGUAGACUUGUUGAGCCUUUCUUUUAUAAUAUUGUCUGUCGGUCGAGCGCGAUUUAGCCAACGAGCGGCAAAAUAGCAGGGCCGGCGCAGGCGGCUUUGAGGGUAGCUCUCGCGAAUGCCCGAGAGCGUCUCCGGAACUCGCGAACGUUUCGGCUCUUCGUCGCCUCUCUGAACAAGAUCGUCGAAGACGACAGGACAGCGUUCGCCGAGAUGCCGUUCAGCAGGUCGCAGAAGAUAGCCAUGAUUGGCGGAGGCAUGCUCUUCUUCUACAUGAUGCUGCAGUUCGUCAUCUUGCCGGCUGUGAUCAAGUCCCAGACGAAGAAAAAAAUAGCGCUGAAGCCCGGCUGGCAAAGGAGAGACUUGUGGGACAAAUAUCCGUUCUCGAUGGACUUGAACUUUUACAUCUUCAACGUGACCAAUCCCGACCAGAUAAAAGCCGGCGAGAAGCCGAUACUCCAGCAAGUCGGACCAUUCGUCUACGAUCAGUGGCAGGAGAAAACGAACCGAAUCGAUCGCGAGGACGACGACACGGUGCUGUUCACGAUGAGGAACACGUACUACUUCAACGCCGAGAAGAGCAACGGCUUGACCGGCAACGAGGAGAUAGUGAUAGCCAAUCUGUUCGCCCUCGGCCUGGUCAACACGCUAAUGCGCGAGAAGCCCUCGGCGAUACCGAUCUUCGGCAAAGCGAUAGACAGUUUAUUCAAAAAGCCGGACAACCUGUUUAUAAAGACGACGCCUCGAGCAAUACUCUUCGACGGUUUACACAUAGACUGCACUGCCAAAGAUUUCGCCGGGGCUGCCAUAUGCGACCAAGUGAGGGAGAAGUACGAGGAGUUCGGCAUGAUCAAAGUAGCCGAGAACGAAUAUCUGUUCUCGCUGUGGGGGUCGAGGAACGGCACCGACUCCAAAAAGCCCACCCGAGUUUUACGCGGCCUCAAGAACAUCAUGGACGUCGGCAAGGUCAUCGAGUACAAUUACAAGAACAAUCUGUCGGUUUGGGACGACGAGUACUGCGAUCGACUUAACGGCAGCGACGGCACGAUUUUCCAUCCGAACUUCGACAAGCACGGAAAAGACCCGAUGAUCGCCUUCAACGACGGUCUUUGCAGGACCAUCGCUUGCAUCUACGACCAGAAGAGUAAAUUCAGGGGCAUCAAGACUCUGCGCUACACCACGGAUUUGGGCACCGACCCGGACAACCCACUGCACAAGUGUUACUGCAAAGCCCCGGACGACUGCUUGAAGAAGGGCGUUUACGAUGCUUACAAGUGCGUCGGGGCACCCAUUGUCGUCUCGAACCCGCACUUCUACCUGGCCGAUCCCGAAUACCUGACCAUGGUCGAUGGCCUCAAGCCCGACAAGGAACUGCACGCGGUGGCGAUCGACCUGGAUGCGUUUACCGGCUCGCCGGUACAAGCUCACAUUAGGGCGCAAUUCAACUUUUUUCUCUUUAAAGUGGAGAAGUACAAGAUAAUGAAAAACUUCCCUUCGGCUUUAUUACCGAUAUUCUGGAUCGACGAACACACCAUUCUACCUGACUUUCUGAUAAAGGAGAUCAAAGACGGUCACAGACUCUUGAUGAUAGGAAGUAUGUUUAAAAUUAUGGUGCUACUCGGCGGCUUAGGCACUAUAGCGUACGGUGGCUUUUCGAUCUACAAGGAUAUGAAUGGAAACGAGGUCCAAAUCAAGAAGACAGUGAAGCCUAAAAGUGGCGACCAAGCUAAUGGCGAUGACAAAAAAAUGCCUAUGAAUAUCAGCAGAACAGUUCCACAAUCGAUGCCGCCGAAUAUCGACUAAAUUUAUCGAUUACUUGGCAAAUGAGAAUUUUGACAUGACCACGUGAGACUGCUUCGGUGGCAUCGACGAUCAUCGUACAAUGAUCAAAACGAUUUCGGGAAAUAGAAAGAUUAACGGCGUGCGUUGAAAAUGAGAACAUCAGAUAUAAACCGUUCUAAUAUUUUUAUCACGUUGCCGGCAAUCAGACAGCUUUUCAGUUUUCACAAUUGCUGACAUUUCUUUAUGCUGCAACUUUUUAACGGAAAGUUUUUUAUUUUGAUUAUAAUUUUAAAGAAUCAGUCGAAUUUAAAACUAGUUUACUGGUGUCACUUUUUGUUCAGCUGUUUUCUUAUACUGAAUUUUUUUUCAUGAAAAAAUUAUUUUCGAUUACGCACUCAAUGCAUACAAUAUUUACUCUCUGUGGUGCGCACACAUGGAAUUGAAGAUCGAAUAAAAAUUGUUUUCAAACUAUUAUUAACUUAUUUUGUAAAUAAACACUUUGAAGCACAGUCGUUUUCAACCACGUCGAAAAUAUUGUUACUAAAUUUUGUAAGUGUUACGUAGAUUGUAAAAAUAGCAUAUAUUUUGACUAUAACAACAAUAAUUAUUUACUUGUUUUGUAGAUUAAAUACCAAUUCAUAUUCAGGCGCCUACUUUGAUAAACAAAUGUUGAGGUCUCUGUAUAUUUUAAGACUUUUAAAUAUACAUUUUCCAUAGGUACUACGUGACUACAUGCUCAGGCGAAGAAAAAAUAUCCACAUCUACAUGUUUAUUAUUCUUAAGUUAAAUAUUUUACGUUAAUAUAUAUUAUUUAUGAAACUCUUUGAAUAAUGUAAUCAAUAAAGCUCUUUGU